GAAUUGGACAGGGUAAAAAAAGUCCAACAAGAGAUUGCUUCUCGUAAAGAAGCAACGCAGGGAGAAAUGGAAAUGUACAAAGACCUGUAUCUGGAGGAAGUGAAAACUAGAAGAUGCCUAGACAAGAAACUGGAAAGGUUGGAAAAGCUUCUGAGGGUAGAUAGGAGGAAACUCAAGGCUAAUGAAGAGAAAGAAAGCCAGUCCCAGCUGGAAGAAAUGAAGAAGAGAUAUUCUGAAAAGGUCAAGGAAGUGGAUAGAUUACGAACAGAGGUUGCUGAACUUUCCCAGCAGCUGGACAGGGAAAGUAAAAAGUGCUCGCAGCUGGAAGCCAAAAAUCAGGCUUUGCAAGAAGAGCUGUCUACCCUGCGUGGGAAGUGCGAAAAACUGGAGAUGGACAAAUGCCAGCUGCAAGAAGAGCUGGCAAAAGUCCAGCACCAUUUGGAGACUAACAUGGUGGAUCGCACCCAACUAGAACAGUGUAAAAGAGAGGUGGAAAAACAAGCAGACCACGAAAUAAGACAAAAACUCCAAGAAGUCAAUGAGUUUUUGCAAGCACAGGCAACCUACCAGGACAGAUUAGAAGAAAUCAGAACCAGUCAUUUAGACUCACUGAAAAAACAGUUAGAAGACAGAAUUAGAGAUCUUGAACGUGCACAGCGAAGGAUAAAAAGCAACCAACCAGAAAGACCUUUUCAAAAAGAAUCCACCCAGGCAGAAGUGGAAAAGUACAAAGAGCUCUAUCUGGUGGAAGCAAAAACCAGAAAAAGCCUCGCCAAGAAACUGGAAAGGUAAGUCCAUGCUUUUCUG